AUGAUCAACUCUCGCCGGGAGAGCAUUUCUUCCAAUGACCAGGAUGUCCCUCCCACUCCAGUUCCGUAUGGAGCUGGCAGUGGCCAGGUGGCCGUCUUUGAUCGUUCCACGCCGAACGUGGCCCUGACGCCGUCUCCGACCAACCUUCUGGCUUUCAAUCUGGUCACUCCUGUCAAGCAGACGGCACCUGUUCAGCUUCCUUUGCAUCUUCAGCUCCUUCUGAACAAGGAGCCUACCAUUCCUCGCGCCAUUCCUGCGCCUAGCUCUCCUGUCAAGCCGCUUGAUCGUGCCUUGGAGAACAAGAAUGGCGAGACCAAUGUCUACAUCCGUGGCCUCCAUCCCGAGACCACUGAUGACAUGCUCUAUGCCUAUGGGGCACGCUUUGGGGAGAUUCAAUCUUCCAAGGCUAUCAUUGACAUGAAGUCGAAUCAGUGCAAGGGCUUCGGUUUCAUCAAGUACCACAACUACGAGGAUGCUGAGGGUUGCAUCCGUGGUUUCCAUCACCUCGGGUAUGAGUGCAGUUUUGCGAGGGAAUCGUUCUACUCCAAGCUUAAGAAGUUUUCUGACGAGGGAAACACCAACCUCUACGUCUCCAACAUCCCUCGGAACAUGAAUGAGCAUGAGCUCUCUGAGAUCUUCGCUCCGCACCAUGUUAUCUCCUCUCGCAUCCUUCGUUCCUCGGAUGGCCAUGGCCGUGGAGUCGGCUUUGCCAGGUGA